UUAUUUUUCGCUGAAAAAAACAUCUUUCAUUUCUAAUAGUUAAGAGUACAAUAAUAAUUCUAAUUAUCUUCAAAAUGCAACCCAUAUAUGUCAUUCUGAUUUCGUUUGGAAUGCUGAUUUUUUGUUUCCCUGCUCAACCUGCUCCAAACAACAGUCAUCAAAUGCAUGAUGCUUUGGAACACAUAAUACAUACGACAAAAGGAUACAUACGUGGAAAAAGGUUGCCCAGGGAGACGAUGAGCGGGAAAACCAUUUACGCCUUCAAGGGGAUUCCUUUUGCUAAGCCACCUGUAAAUGAUCUGCGAUUCAAGCCACCAGAGGAAAUACAGAGCUGGUUUGGCGUAAGAGAUGCUAAAGAGCAUGAAGCCUUCUGCCCUCAAGUUCACAUCAAUUCAGAAGCAGGAUUUGUAACAAGGGGUGUAGAAGACUGUCUCUACCUUGAUGUGUACUGUCGACAGUUGCCUGACAAACACGGUAACAACCCAGGACAUCCUGUGGUGGUUUAUUUCCACGGAGGAAAGUUUAAAUAUGGCGGAAAAGAUCUUUACGGUCCCAAACUUCUUCUUGAUUUAGAGCUGAUCUUGGUGAUAGUGAAUUAUCGACUGGGAAUUUUUGGUUUUCUAAGUACUGAUGACGAAGAAGCUCCUGGUAACUUUGGCCUCAAAGAUCAGCAGAUGGCAUUGAAAUGGGUUAAAGAAAAUAUUCAAUUUUUCGGUGGAGACCCGGCAAAAGUCACAGUUUUCGGCCACGAUGCAGGGGGUGCUUCGGUUACUUUUCACAUAGUUUCAGAAUCUUCGAGAGGUUACUUUACGAGAGCUGUGGUAGCCAGUGGCACGGGAUUCGCACCUUGGGCUGUAACAAGUAAUCCACGACAACAUGCUCAGAACGCUGCCUUCAGUCUAGGAUGUCAGCCUUUUCCUUCCUCUGGUCUCCUUCACUGCCUUCGCCAGAAAAGUGUCGAAGCUUUACUAGAGAUCCAAGCAAAGUCUCCAAAUUCGAUGUUUCUGCCAGUUAUUGAAAAGAACUUGACAGGAGCAAUGUUAACAGAUCAUCCGUACCAAAUGUACUCCAAAGGUUUGGCACAAAACGUACAUUUACUUGCUGGGAUCACAGAAAAAGAAGCAUCUUUAGAUUUCUAUGCACUGAGCACAGAACUACAGCAGUGUAACUCCUCUGAUGAUAUCCUAGAAUAUUUGCUACGCCCUUACUUCCAACCUCACGAUGACCUGAGUAGUAUUAUCACAGCUGUUAAGUUCCACUACUUCCAAAAUAUUCAGCUAGAAAACCUUAAAUCUUCCUUCACAAGACUUAUAGACAUGCUGUCCGACUUUUUUUAUAACGCUCCUAAUGAUCUGGCUGUAAAUCUACACUCUGGUGUUGGCAAUCCCACGUGGAUGUGUGUCUUUGACUCCAUAUCUCGACACUCAAAACAUUAUUUGAGUCGAGAUGCAGGAGAGAGCAUUCGAAACUAUGGCUUUCCUCACUAUGACAUUGCUUUACGCUCUAACAAUUCGCAUGACAGUAACGUCCCAAAAUCAAUUACGCCAGAUGAAUACAGCCGCAUAAAGAAGUGGAUCCAAAUUAUACAUAACUUUGCAGAGAAAGGAGAUCCUGGAUUUGGAAUAUUUCCGAAAUGGAAACCCUUUGUUACUAACAAACACGCUUAUUACCACUUCAGAAACGUUUCCCCUUACUACACUUUACAUUUUGACUAUCGACAACACCAUUCUGAUUUUUGGAACGUUCUGGUUCCUGACUUGCUACAUUCCAUGACGUCAACAAUUAGGAACUUGGAACAAAACUUAGAAGAACCAUCCUUGGUUAAAAGUGAGUACAAGACAGCAGCUUGGGGUAUGGUAGCUAUGGUUCUCAUAUUGUUCAUAAUGUGUGUUGCACUAAUAGGAGUUGUUGUUACAAAUAGGAAGAGAAGAAUAUGGAGGGCCUUUACUUUAAUCUCAUCAUCAUUUCAAGACAUAUCGCAGUUGAAACACGAAAAAGAACAUUCAGAUGUGCCAAUAACAUUUUGAUACGCUAAGAUUUAAAACACUUUAUUAACUAUGAAGCUGACUAAUUUGAAAGUAUAAAACCAUUUCAUUUUGUUUUUUUUCAAUUACACAAUUCAUAGAGCUAUUGCGGAGUUUCUUAAAACACAGAUUCCACGAAAAGGUUUACGUGGAAGCUCCCGGUAGUGGCAGUGAGUAUUCGUGCAGGAUUUUAAAUAUAUGAGUGUAUGUGUUUUCUAAUCUGUAUCAUUUUCAGAAAAUAAUCCCUAAAUUACAAACGAAAUAAAACUAACAGAAUACCAAAGCAACUAUCAAAAUUACAGAAAAUAAAAAGGAAUUGUUCAAAAAAUUACAACCUGGAUAUUAUCAGAUGUCAACUGUAAAAUCUUAAACACAGGCAGGUGGAAAUUACUAUAAUGAAACAAGCUGUCAGGCUCUUCACAAAAGUGAUUUAGGCAAAGUAUGCUGUGUGAUAUCAAUAAUGAUCAAAUAAAUGUUAGGAAGAAGGACAAUAAAUUUAAAACUUGAAUUUAUAUAAAAAAUAAAAUCUGUAAGUUAUAGAAGUGUUUAAAAUUUGCAAUAUGGUAACAAUGUUCAAUCAAACUUCGUAAUAAAAAUGCAGUGUUCGAUAUAAUGUUAUGCAGGCCAUUGAUUCUGUUUAUUUUGAUUUCAUGGUUACAAAUUGAUUUGUAGAUUUUGGGGGAAGAAAUUGUCACUGAUGUAUUAU